UGCAAGAUAGUCCGAUAGAUCCCGCUGUGCCCGCUGCCGUUGUCGACCCUCGCAUCAGGUGGCGCCCUCGUCAUGGUAAAAGCGAGAGGAACGUCACGGAGAGCCCCCUCAGGCGUGCUGUGGCUUGCAGCCGUUGUGUCUGCCUCAAUCUGUGUCCAAUCCUCGCAAGGGCAAGCGACAUGGACGACGAUGGCAGCAGAUCGAAAAAGGCACUGGACGGUGGUACAUCGACGAAUGACUCGAAUCCGGGGCGGUGUUGACAGCAACGACGGCGACCGCCCACCAUUGGACCCGCCAACAAACCCACGAGCAGUUCCGACGAAUUCCCCUGCAACGCCGACGCAAAAGUCGUUCGCGGAUCGGUUCCAGUCUCCGGGAGAAACGUCUUCGUCGAGAGAUCCACCGCCGCUGGGAGAGCAAAGCAAGGGCUCUGCAACGCCCCUGGUCGCUACCUCGGCGCCGUUGCUACAGGAAGGGUUGCCUGCAGGGCCGGUCAACCCCUCCUCGAGGAGCGUGCCGGUGUUGCGGCUUAGCUCGGACGGUGCGGCGGUCGAGACUGCGCUUUCGAGGCAGCAGCUUGCGGCAAAGCUGAACUGCCCCCUGCGCGACCUGAGGAUGGCGGACCCGACGUUUCCGGGACAGUUCCCCUCCGUACUGGCAAGAAGAGGCUCCAUCAUAUUUUCGGUGGGGGAGGUCAAGGCUGUAAUCUUAUCUAACGAGGUGCUGCUAUUUCCCACCAAGCCUGACGUGCUUUCGAUCGUCCCUGCCGUCCAAGAAAAGAUAAAGCUGGGGAUAAAUGCGGUCCCUUUCGAACAGACGGUGAUGGAAUGCUGCCUCAAGCACGUGUGCAAAGACCUCCUAGAGAGCGCUCGGAACGUCGAGCCCAGGUUAAGAACGGUGCUGGACUCCUUCAAGACUUCGAAGAACUCGCUGAUAAAGUCGCUGCACCGACUGCUACCCCUUAAGAACGAGCUCGACGAGCUGAAGGGGACUCUCGUGACGGUGUGCAAGUGCAUGAACGAGGUGUUGAUGAACGACGAGGACAUGGCUCUCAUGUACCUGACCGACAACGAGUGCAAGUCGACCGCCAGAGACUUGCACCAGCACCAGGAGAUCGAGAUGCUCUUCGAGAACUACCUACUGCAGGUGGAGCUGUUGGCAUCAGACGUCAAUGAACUUCAAAACGAAGUUCGUAACACGGAAGAAAUCGUGGAGAUCGAGCUGGACGUGUUGCGAAACAACAUCCUUCGCUUCGAGCUGCUCCUCAGCAUCAGCGGCUUUACCGUUGCCCUCGGGGCCCUCGUCACCGGUGUGUUUGGCAUGAACCUCCUUAGCGGGUGGGAAGAGAAGCCGCAAGCGUUCUGGCAGGUGACCGGCGGCAUCUACGGCUGCAUCUUGCUGUUCAUUGCCGGCACCGUGACCUUGUGUCGGCGCUUGAGCCUCUUGUAGGAACAUUUUUACCUGUAGCGGUCAACUGUGUAUGACUGUUCAUCUGUUACCAUAUACGUUUUCUUACCAUCAGACUGGUAUGACCAUAGCCCGAGUAAGGCCGUCACGACAGCCUGACGCCAGGCGCGGUGAGUCGUCAUCAGAGAUCGAUUUUUCACACCGCCGGCUGAAACGACGGCACCUGCCGAGGCGUCACAUUCGCGCUGUAUAUCCAUCCGUAUCCAUUCACUCCCGGCUCCGCUGGAAGGGCACUGAACCGACGUCGUGGGGUCUCCUGCCCAACUUGCUGGGGUUGCUCUCUUUGUCGUUGUCGUGUCAUCCACACUGCUGUGCGUGCGGUCUAUGCGGUCUCUUGUUGCUGUCUGCGGCGGCAGCUGUACAUGUUUUUGCCUUCGCACCCAGAGCCGUUUCGGGAAAGGAACGAGCUGCUUUUGAACAACGCCUGUAGCCCGUGUAUCUAUUUAACUGUUUGUGUUAAUACCCACUAGUCUAAAUGGGCAAGAGAUAACUAUUUCUUCUGCUGGAAAACAACAGAAAAACCUUGAGGUCGUCACGAACCCUCGAGAUUAGUUUGGGACGAGUCACCGAGUAGAGUGGGUCGACAGCUCCGCUGUAUUGAGGGCGUGUAUGUACGCUCGCUGAGAGAGCAUUUGUUGCCAUCAGAGGCUAAAAUAUAUAUCCCCAGGCCGUAAAAACGUGACAAAUGUCACCCUCUUGUAUUUUUUUGCUUCGAAGAUUGUGUAGUACUUUCACGUGCCCAGGCCAUACGCUACGUGGAAAGAGUCAUUUGGUGCAGGAUUUUGUCCACGAUACGCUGAAGAGCAGCAGACAGACGAGGAGCGCUCACGCGUGAAGCGUGGAGAUGAAUGCGGUGGACCAUGGACGUGGGCAUCUCUUUCGUACAUAAACCGUCCGGUGUUUGUUUGGUGUUGUGCUCUCAUUCUGGUCUGUUGCAAUCAAUCGUGUGCGAAGUCG